AUGCGGUUCCAGUGUUUUGUGCACCAUGUGGCGUAUGAACUGAAUGUGGGCUGCCGGGUGUUUGCGCGCGUGGGGACGGACACGGUGACCUUCAUCUGCGCUGAAAUGCACGGCGACGUCGCAGGGCGUAGUUUGCUUUGGAAUGAAGGGUCCCUAACGGAAGCUUGCCAGACGUACCUCGAUAAGCAACAAUUUCGCAAUGCCGGCAGAAAUAUCACCCGGAAUUGUGGAACCGGCGCAACCCAGCUGGGUGUGGAAGAGACCAAUAUCACGGAUCUGCCACAUGUGGUUUUGGCCUGUAUUCUGUAUGACCUGGAUAUCAUUACUCGCUACUUGAGGAUAAACCGAGUCUGCGCGCUGUGGAAGGAUCUCUUGCUGGAACCCAUAGCGGAUCAGCACAUCGUCUUCGAUGUCUAUCCCCUUUGCUUUAGAGGAUUUUUCAACGCAGACGAAUCUGCCCGGUUCGCACACAAGUUGAUCGCGCUGCUGAACACUUACCCUUCGCAGCAUACUCGCAGCAUGACGUUCACUAACGACGGAAAGCGUCAUCUGCAUUACAAAAUUAACUUCCGACAGACUGUAUGGAAUAGUGCGCAGUUGCUGCAAAUAAAGACCUUUCGCCUGCCAGUUAUUGUCCUAAAGGACUAUGCAGAUGUCGCGGAGCACGAAGGACAGGUUUUUCUGGACAUCACCAGGAAUGCCCAGACGGGACACUAUGAAUGCGAACAGCUGUCGUGGUUGUUGUCCAUGUCUGGCAGCACGGUAUGGCUAGAAUCCGGAGGCGAAAGCGAGCGGCGGAAGAUGCCAGCAGCGCACUUGAACGUGCUCAUUCCUUUUCUGCGCUUCAGUUGCACGGAGACGCCAGCGGAACAGUGUCGACGCUUCAUAGCCGCAGUCAACGAUAACUGUCCGGCCGUUGGCUGUGACGUGUACGCAAGGGUCAAGAGGAUGCACUGGCGCUGGGUGCAGACGUUGUACCCCGACGAAUGGACUGGCAUUCGCGAGUUUCUCACUCUGUUCAGCAGUGUUCGCUUUGACGGACAGCCACAGUGUUGGAAUGGCGUUGACCUGAAGGAAAUGGAUGUGUCGCUGCUAAGUCCAUUAUCUCUGCACAUGUUGGACAAAUACUUGGCAGACUAAGGCCCAUGUCAACGAAGCAACAAGAUUAUAGAAUUUUAGUAUCUUUUGCAGCGGCUGACUUAUUUAUAAUGCAUUCUUCGUCGAAGAGUUCCGUUUUUUGUUAUUAUUGCUGAUAAUGGGAUAUAUAUUAGCUGAUUAUGGUAAUUGUUUGUUAGAGUGGCAAUAUUUUUUUUUGUUUUAUUCUUAUUGUCUUUUGUUAAUUCUUGUUUCUGUAAUUGUACCGUUAAGAAAUGUCGAGCGUUUGUUGGUUACGAAAUAUGAAGGACGAAGCUGGAAGCUUAAGCAUUCGCAUAACGUAGAAUAUGAAUUAAUCGUUACCACAGAUUGGCACAGAGCACAGAAUGCU